ACAUAAACUAAAAAAAAAAAAGACUGGAGUAUCUGUGCUCCCUUUUGACAAUUCCAAGGUUGGAUAUUUUCCUAUAUCAAAGAUUCCGAAGAAACAUUGAACUUCCAACAUUCCAAAUUUUUGAUUUUGGUGAAGCAUAGAUUCUUACUUUCCUAAUCCUUCAGAUCAGCAACUUCAACUUCAGGGGAAUUUUUCACUGGAAUCUCCCAACUCAUAUUUGGGCUAAGCAGAUGUUAGUCCUUUCCUGAUUCUGAAAAGGAUUGUGAGCUUGUGACUAAGAUGGGGACGCCAAUGAAACGCAGCUCAAACUCGAGAAGACGGAAUGAAAAGAUGAGGCUUUUUGUGACUACUUUUAUUGGAGUUGUAUUCGGGUUUUUCCUAGGUGUAACCUUUCCUACAAUUUCAUUGUCCAAGUUGCCCUUACCUACUAAUCUUAUCCCAUCGAUUGAUCUACCUGACAUGGAAAAGUCAGGCCUCUCAACUCAAGCUCUAUUAAAUGUUUUGAAAUCCUUGAAGGAUCGCGUUGGCAGUUCACACAAGAAUAAUGCCCCAAAGAUUUGGGUUUCGUCAAAUCCCAGAGGUGCCGAGAGGCUACCCCCGGGUAUUGUAACAUCUGAAUCUGAUCUUUAUACUCGAAGGCUGUGGGGCCUGCCAAGUGAGGACUUGAUCAUCAAGCCAAGGUACCUUGUGACCUUCACAGUUGGCCUCCAGCAGAAGAGUAACAUUGAUGCAGCAGUAAAAAAGUUUUCAAAGAACUUUACGAUUAUGCUGUUUCACUAUGAUGGCCGAACCACUGAAUGGGAUGACCUUGAGUGGUCAGCGCGGGCUAUCCAUGUCAGUUCACCAAAACAGACUAAAUGGUGGUACGCAAAACGUUUUCUACAUCCUGACAUUGUAGCACUGUAUGACUAUAUAUUCAUCUGGGAUGAAGACUUGGGGCUUGAAAAUUUUAACGCGGAGGAAUAUAUAAAGUUGGUGAUGAAACAUGGUUUGGAUAUUUCACAGCCUGGUUUAGAACCAAACAGUGGGUUGACAUGGCAGAUGACAAAAGGGAGAAAUGAUACUGAAGUUCACAAGGAAACAGAAGAAAGACCUGGCUGGUGCGCUGAUCCACAUUUGCCACCUUGUGCUGCAUUUGUUGAGAUCAUGGCACCGGUUUUCUCUCGAGAGGCGUGGCGUUGUGUUUGGCAUAUGAUCCAGAAUGACUUGGUCCAUGGAUGGGGUCUUGAUUUUGCGCUUAGGAGAUGCGUGGAGCCCGCUCAUGAAAAGAUAGGAGUUGUAGAUGCUCAGUGGAUUGUACAUCAAACUGUUCCAUCUCUUGGAAGCCAGGGUAAAUCGGAGAAUGGAAAGGCACCAUGGGAAGGGGUCCAACAUUUAAUAUUGGCUCAGGUUAGAGAAAGGUGUCGAAGAGAAUGGACAAUGUUUCAGGAUCGCAUGGCUACUGCAGAGAUGGCCUAUUACAAGGCAAUGGGAAUGGAUCCCCCUAAUUCCACAACUAAUUAGGUGGACACUCACUAGUUUAUAAAAUGCUUGUAGAAUUUCAGACUUUUUGUGUGCAAAUAUCUAAUAUUGGUUUAGAGUUCCAAGUGUGGGUAGAAAGAAAUAUAUGUACUCCUUAUAUUAAUAUAAUACAUCUUUUGUUUAUUAUCAA